GCUGGAGCAGGUCAGGUUUCCAGCGUCUGACCCCCACCCACUGUGUCUCUCUUGUCUUCCCGCUCCCUCAUUCCUCAGAUGCUGUUUUGUCACCUGAAUGGAAAAUGGGUCAGGUCCUGGUGAGGGAGGGGCCGCUCGAGCUGCAGACAGGCCGACGCUGGGUGCCCGCCUGGAGCACAGGGCUCAGAUUCCAAGCUUGUGCUUCUUGCGCCCACAGGCGCCUGGUCCCUUCUCUGGCAUUAGCUCGCUGCGCUGGAGGGGGCAGGUGGCCCAGCCUGGGGACAGAGUGGGUGGAGGGCAGGGGCUUGUGUCCGAGGCCUCAGGCCCCCACUGCUUCCCAAGCAGGUGUGACCAGUGCCUGUCUUCACGAUAGCCCCAACCUCUAAGCUGCGCCCAGUGAGCCACAGGACCCAACUGAGCUGGGAAGCGGCCCACCAGCCACGAGGCGGCCAGCCCGAGGAGUGGUGACAGCGCAGGAGCUCCUGGCUGGGGGGAAGGGAGGAAGGAGGAGAAACAAAGGCGAGUGUGCCUGGCGCCGCCCACCAUGUGUCAGUCAGAGGCUCGGCGAGGACCGGAGCUCCCAGCAGCGAAAUGGUUGCACUUCCCCCAGCUGGCACUGAGGCGGAGGCUGGGACAGUUGAGCUGUAUGUCCAGACCUGCCCUGAAACUGCGCUCCUGGCCCCUGACGGUCCUCUACUACCUCCUGCCCUUCGGUGCCCUCAGACCGCUCAGCCGGGUGGGAUGGAGGCCCGUGAGCAGGGUGGCCCUGUACAAGUCAGUGCCGACGCGCCUGCUCUCGCGGGCCUGGGGCCGCCUCAACCAGGUGGAGCUGCCGCACUGGCUGCGCAGGCCUGUGUACAGCCUGUAUAUCUGGACCUUCGGGGUAAACAUGAAGGAGGCCGCCGUGGAGGACCUGCACCACUAUCGCAACCUCAGCGAGUUCUUCCGGCGCAAGCUGAAGCCGCAGGCCCGGCCCGUGUGUGGCCUGCACAGCGUGAUCAGCCCAUCAGAUGGGAAGAUCCUGAACUUUGGGCAGGUGAAGAACUGCGAAGUGGAGCAGGUGAAGGGGGUCACCUACUCGCUGGAGUCGUUCCUGGGUCCACGCAUCUCCACAGAGGACCUGCCCUUCCCUCCAGCUACCCCCUGCGGCUCCUUCAGGAACCAGCUGGUCACUCGAGAAGGCAAUGAGCUCUACCACUGUGUCAUCUACCUGGCCCCCGGGGACUACCACUGCUUCCAUUCUCCCACUGACUGGACCGUUUCCCACCGGCGCCACUUCCCAGGUUCCCUGAUGUCUGUGAACCCCGGCAUGGCCCGCUGGAUCAAAGAGCUCUUUUGCCACAAUGAACGGGUGGUCCUCACCGGGGACUGGAAACAUGGCUUCUUCUCGCUGACGGCCGUGGGGGCCACCAAUGUGGGCUCUAUACGCAUCUACUUUGACCGGGACCUGCACACAAAUAGCCCGCGCUACAGCAAGGGUUCCUACAAUGACUUCAGCUUCGUGACGCAUGCCAACAAGGAGGGCAUCCCCAUGCGCAAGGGAGAGCACCUGGGCGAGUUCAACCUGGGCUCUACCAUCGUGCUCAUCUUCGAGGCCCCCAAGGACUUCAACUUUAAGCUGAAAGCUGGACAGAAGAUUCGGUUUGGGGAGGCUCUGGGCUCCCUCUAGAGCCUCUCUCCUGGUGGUGGCUACUCUGGGAGCUUUUUCAAACAGAAACAGGAGGGUCUUUUAGAGGGGAGCCUCCGCGGCUGGUCAGGGAGGGGUCUCAGGGCUGUGGAGUCUGACUAGGCAGGACCUGGGUGACUAGUUUCUGCUGUCCCAGAGAUGUAGAUGAGGUCACAGCCCCUGUUGACCCUGGACCUAUGUGGUCCCCUCUUCCCACUCUAAAGAGAAAGAACAUGUAGGCCAAGAUGAUCUCAAAUUCCCUUUUGGAGAUUUUUUUAAUCUGUAUAAACUGGAGACCCUAUGUCUCCUGGCUGGGUGUUCAGUUGGUCUUGAUUUCUGUUGUAAGACAGAAGUGGUUAUGUAUCCCCAGCACUGCUUUUUGGCCUCCCCUUCUGCCUUUCCUGCACUGACUGGGCUGUGCUGCCCCCAGAGCAGGGCCAUGUGGCCUUUAACACAACUGCUUUCUGUUCCCAGUUCAUCCCAUCCUGCUUGUUUGGGAAAAGCUGUCUCUCUGCACUUGUGGCUGAAUGCAUCAUCCUGGACUCUGCCAGCGUCUUCUGAGGGGGUCUAAUGGUAUGGCGCUUAGCAGGUCCCAUUGAGUGACCUUCCGGAGCUGGCAAGUCCUCUUUCCAGUAAGCAAGACCAGUUACUGAAUCCCCUGAACGGUGUCCAAAGUGAAUGGACAGGCAGGCAGGGGUGACCUAUGGGGGCCAGGGGAGAGCUUGUCCCCCACUCAUAUCCAGACCCACAUAAAACAUGGUAAGUUGCUGCUGUUGUUUCAGGGGCUUGUGUUGGAAGCAGAGGAGGAGCCUUGGUGUAUUGGGAGGGGGCGGGUCCGUGCCUACCACACCUGUCCCCAGGUAACAGGUACACAAUCCUUAGGGAGCCACUGACAGUGGGACCAGGGUUCAGGUUUCCUGGGGAUGCUGUGAAUUUCUCCUGCAGGAGAAGCCAUUUGAACUCUUUCAACUGUAUCAGUAGCACAGUAUUUUUGUAUGAAAAGUGGGAGACUUCUGAACAGUAAUUCAUUUAAUUGCAACAUUUUGAAAUAAAAGAUAAAACUCA